CAUCCCUUCAUCCAUCGAGCUGCGAACAUAGACGAUCUGAAAUGAAAUGCAGAGCAGGAGAGAAAGAACGGAGAAACCAAUUUAAAUAAGUGAGAGAAGAAGAAGAAGAAGGCGACGGGAGCGGCCGCAGCCAGGUGUAGACCAGCAUGCCGUUGGUGAAGAGGAACAUUGAGCCCAGGCACCUGUGCCGUGGGGCAUUGCCAGAUGGGGUGACCAGUGAACUGGAGUGUGUUACCAACAGCACCCUAGCAGCCAUCAUCAAACAGCUGGGCAGUCUGAGUCGCCAUGCAGAGGACAUUUUCGGAGAACUGUUUAACGAAGCCAACAGCUUCUACCUGAGGAUGAGCAGCCUGCAGGAGAGAGUGGACCAGCUAGCUGUGAAAGUCACCCAGCUCGACUCCACUGUGGAGGAAGUCUCCCUGCAGGAUAUUAACAUGAGGAAGGCCUUUAAGAGCAGCACCAUCCAGGACCAGCAGGUGGUGUCGAGGACCUCCGUCCCCAACCCUGUGGUAGAAAUGUACCACCGCUGUGACAAACCUCCUCCGCUCAACAUUCUCAGCCCCUAUAGGGAUGACAAGAAAGAUGCACUAAAGUUCUACACUGACCCCUCUUACUUCUUCAACCUGUGGAAGGAGAAGAUGCUGCAGGCCACCGAGGACAAACGCAAGGAGAAGAGACGGCAGAAGGGCUGUCCGGCCCACCCUGACAGGCCCCACUCCAGACAGGCCCCACCCAGGAGCCCUCUUUCCAUCUCUGAGCAGCAGAAGCAGGUCGAGGACCCGGGCAGAGAGGUGAAGAAGGUGCGUAAGGCUCGGAACCGGCGUCAGGAGUGGAACGUCCUGGCCUACGACAAAGAGUUCAGACCAGACGCCAGGCUCACGCCCUCCCCUUACCAUGGCAUGUCCUCAGAAGGCUCCCUGUCCCCUGAUAGCAGGUCAAUGGCAUCCGACUCCUACCCAGCCAGCCCCAACCACCCCUCCACCCAGGCCCCCAGUGCCGUCCACCCCACCGACCACCACGCCAGGGACCACCUCAGCGCCGCGGCUCAGACUCAGUCACUGGAUCGGGGCCUCAGGCCGGCCAACCAGCCCCCGGCUGCUGGAGGGCCUGCGGCGGCAGGGCGACAUGUGGCCUCUCUGGGCAGGGCCCCAUCAGGACACGGGAUCCAGGCUGGUGGAGAUCCAACAGUUAACGGGCCCAGGCAGUCAGUUAAGGAAUACCGGGCCGGGCACGGCGGCCAGCCCUCCACCAUCCCAGAGUACUAUAUCCCACCUGCCCCUCCCCCUCCUCCACCAACCAUCCCCUCCGCCCAGACCGCCUUCGACUCCACCACGGCCCCGCCCUCCACCGCCGCCUCCGCUGUCCCUCCCACCUCCUCCGCCCUCUCCCGCCCCUACUCCCCUUCCCCUCCUCCCCCGGCCAACUACGUGCCCUCCCCCGCCCACCCCCCCUCCGGUGCACCCCCUGCCGCUCCUCCACCUCCUCCGCCUGGAGUCCCUACAGGCCUCCAGGCUCACCCAUCGCCGCCGCACGCUGCCGUCGGCCAGUCAGCUGUGGAUGCAGCUCCCGCGACGAGGAAGUCCACCAUGCUGGGGAUGAUACCGAUGAGCGACGCCCGCUCCGACCUGCUGGCCGCCAUACGUAGAGGUAUCCAGCUGAGGAAGGUGCAGGAGCAGAGGGAGCAGGAGGCGAAGAGGGAGCCCGUCGGCAACGAUGUGGCCACCAUCCUGUCACGCCGUAUCGCUGUGGAGUACAGCGAGUCCGACGACGACUCCGAGCUCGACGAAAACGAGUGGUCUGACUAAAAUAAUUCUAAAAAAAGAGUGAGAGCGAGAGACGGGGGUUCGGUGGGUGGUGAUGACAGGAAAUAAGAGGGGGAGAAACAUUGAGACACUUAAGUGGAAAUGAAGGGGUAUUUUAACAGAAAAAAUUAAAUCAUACAUAUAUUCACACACCAACUUAAAUCCCCUGUUGCAGCCUCUCUGAACACUUAGCAAACAGGUUGGUUAUUUCAGCUUGCCUGGUUGCCCUUGACGAUGCUUAUUAUUGAACUGAAACCCUAGAGGUUUGUGUGUCUAACCACCCGGGGUGUAUGGCACAAUACACACUUACUCACAUCAUUCACACCAUUUCAACACUCUCCCACCCCCGUCUACUCAUUUUUAACCACUAACACUCAGCUGUGAAAAACAACCCCCCCCCCCCUCCAUAUUUGAGUGAUAAUUAUUAGCAAUAUUACAGGCUCUGAAACUGUAGGUAGGUGGGCCCCUAGUGAGUACGGGGGUAAUGUGUUUACAAAACACAUGGUAUAGCACAAGAAAAACUAAUUAUAGUGCAAUCAUAACUUAUUUGCCAAAUGUUAGGAAAGAAUUUAUUAAAACAAGUCAGGAAAACCAGGGAAAAAAUAGCUCCUUAGAGGAAUACUCCGCCUCGCUGGGGCGUGCCUGUUUACGAAACGCGCACUCUCCUAAAGAGGCUACACUGUCAUUCCGAGAGUUUGGCUCAUCGGUCACCUUAACCAACAUUAGACGAUCGAAUCAGCACCAAAAUUAUCUCUGUGUAAUGAACUCUGGCUGGUGUGCAUGCUAACAUAGAAUAUAUAGCAUGUUGGCUAAUUGUAGCUGUAGCUAACUGCAUCGUUAACUAGCUUGAUUUCAAUGUAUGAACCUGCUGGGUUUUGUUAAAAGGUACAUACAAUUAGGGUCUUUGGAGCUACUUCAAAUUGGAGAAGAUGUUGUAAGUAGACCCCCCUGCUUAAGUUGUAGCUUAUACAGGAAGUAAGCAAACUUAGCUAAAUAGCUAAUGAUUUGGAUUCUGUUUACAGAAAUUAAUUUACAAUAAGGCACAGAAUAAAAACCAAUACCAGGUUUGUUGAAAAUCUUCAUAUUUUUGGAUUGUAUUCUCUGCUAUUGCUUAAAUGUCCCAUCUGUAUUCUUUACCACAGGUUUACUUUGAUGAAAAAUCAUCAAUUUGCGUGUUUCUCAACUGAUUAUAAUUAAAAAUACAGGCCUGUAUUUUUCACAAUAUAUUUCCUGCUGCAGCUACAACUGAUGUAAACAAACUUUAAACUGCAUCAGAAAACAUCAAUAUUAUCAAGUUAAUAUUGUGUUUUCAAUAUUGGUAGUAGGGUAAUGAUUCUGUUUCCAAUAUUGUUUGGGUCUUUAAUGUCUUGUAUAUUACAUUUACAUUUUCAUGAAAUACUUAGUUUGAACAGGUAGUCUCAUUAAGAUCAAAAUGUCACCUGUGCACAAGAAAACAUAAUAUUAAGAAAACACAGUUACAAGUAGCAUUCAAAAUGCUCAAGUUUAAUAUUUUAAAAUCUUUAAAAGAAAUGAAAGAUUUUAAUUUGAAAAUGUUUCGUAACUCAUUCCAUUUGUAAGGAGCAUUGUAUUUAAAACCAGUUUUUCAACAUGCGGUAUAAAGUUAAAAUGUCCUGUGACCUGACAUUAUAAUUACUGGACAUGCACCGGAAGUAUUAGAAGAGAGAAAAGCGAUGCUGGUUCUUUUGUUAUGUUUUUGGUAAGGCGAUUAGAAGGCCAAACUCUCAUAAUGUCAGUGUAGUCCAUGAACUCGUACCUUUAACAUUGUGAUAUACAGAUAUUCUCCUGUUUUGAUAGUGUAAUAGUUGAAACUGUGAUGAAAGACGCCACCCACCCAGGUUUACGCUAGUUUGGGAAAACAAGCGCCACCAGCCUUUGUCGAAGUUUAGCGAUAACUCAUCAUUCAGCCUCCAUAUCACAGCAUUGAACAAUAAAGCAAGCGAGCGAGCUUAUGCCAUUAUUUUGGUGGUUUUUUUUAUUUUUGGUCUUUUGUAGUCAUAACAUGAAGCCUAACAUUUCAGCCAGUGACUGUGUGCUGUGGUAUUGAUCUUAUAUAAAUGCUUUCACACUUAACCACACCAGAGCAGCACUCACAAAGCUUGUCAUCCUCACCCAGGGUCAAAGGUCACGUCCACCCCUUCAUAUGACCUUAACUCGCUCUCAAACACCCCUGGAUCAGCACUGCUGUCUGUGGAGGCUUUGUGAACGCAGCCCCUGGACUAUAAAUACAUAAGUGUAAGAGACUUGCAACAGUAAUAUACAGUAUAUUAUCUCUUUUCAGUAUAGGUUUGGCUAAUCCUCAGUAUGAGCUGAUUGGACUGUAGUGUUUUUAUAACGUGGUUUUUCUUUUUAAAAUGUGCUGCAGUGAGUUGUUCACUUUGGUUUAUUUUAGGGUUUUGUACUCGAGGCCAGGAUUGAGGUACCAGAUAAAACAGUUUAAAUCGUGUCAGAGAAGCCAGUUGAAGGAUUCCAAUUUUUUUUUAAUUGUUUUUACCAGAUACACCUGUUCUUAGUCUAAUCUUCAGCCUAAGCACCACUGAAAAAUCCCAUAAAAAGCAGGAUUCAGACAGUAUUUAAUGCUAGAUGUAUGUAUUUCUUAAUACUACAUCUGUUUCCAUUUUAUAUCCAGUAUUGAUUUUUGCAGAUUUUGAAGGUCUUUUUCGGUGUGUAGUGCUUCUCAUCAGUUUGGUAGCACCUUGGCGUACAUUUUGAAUGGUCCAACGAGACACAGUUGCCUCCUUUUUAAUGUGAAAGAUAUUCACUGAUACUGUUUCAUAUUUAGACUUGGUUUCUAUUUGUCCAUUUAUGUUAACUCGAGAGAAUUUGAUUUCGUGAUAAGGAUCUGAGCAAAACAUGCACUUCUUCGUAUCUGACAUUGUGGGAACCCAAUCCCAUCCCGUUUCAUCCAUUAUAAAGUGAAUAUUAGCACUUAAUCACAAAAACAACAAUGUGUAGUUACAGCCUGCCUCACAUUGAAAUAUAGACAGGGAAAUGCUGUUGAAACAAGUUGUAUGUAACAAUGAUGUCUAUAAAAACAUCACAUUUCCAACCAAGUUUGGCCCAAUUUAAAACUAGAUGUCUUUUGACCUGCAAAUCACCAGUGUUUACUUAGUGUGUAAUUAACCUACUAGAUGAAAAUGACAAAACCAAGCAGAGAGCAGGUGUCUGUCAUAUAUCUGAGACUGUUUUGGCUGCACAGGUUCGAGGCUUUUACUGUAUUGGUUUAUUAUAGAAAACACCAAGAUUGAAAGGGAUAGGGCUAGAGGUAGUUCUUUUGUUGUUGUAUAUAAAUACCACAUGAUAGUUGAGGAAACGGCUCACUCAAUAGCUGCACUCCAAGGACUGGACAAUAGAUGGAUGGAUUGUUGAUGGGUUCUUGGUUGUUCUCCCUGAUUGUUUGUUUGGUAUAGCAUUUAAGGAAGACCUGCAUUUAUGGACAUUAUUAUUGAAGCAAAAAAGCACAUAUGAACAGCUAGAAUGUGGAUCUGCCAUAGCCCUGGGCCAAAUUUAACUAGGAAAAAAAUUGCAAGAGCCAUAGAUACAGUAUACUCAGUCCUGAAAUGUAGCCAGCAUUUUUGGAUCAAAACACUUUUAGCGUCCUAGAAUGUAAAGCUGUGACUGUAAAACCUUUCUGUCUUGUUGGUUGUGCUGGUAAAACGCUGGUCCUGCCAAGAUUUCCAAAUUAGAAAUAAUUACCCACCAUUGCCAAAUCUGGGAGACAAAAUGCUUCACAGUCCUAUAUUUUGAGCAGAUGCACCAAAGGCCGAGAUUUUAAAUCAACUGUACCUUGUGUAUCUGUGGCUACUGGCUUGUAAGAUUACUUCAUUAUGUGUGAAAAUGUGAGAAAUGAAUCAUGUUGUAUAGACUUUUGGUAACGCAGCCUGUAAAAGUAAAAUACAUUUGGGGUAAUAUAACAUAAACAAUGAAACAAAAUGAAACUGUGUAUUGCACACUAAAACCAACUGUAAGCAAGUUUGCAUGUAACUAUAGACAAUAAAUGGUGAACAAAA